AUGGCGAUUUCUGUGACCGUUUGCCUUCUCAGUGGCGAGGCGGCGACUGUAUCCUUGGAACCGAGUAGCUCCGUGGAGACUCUCCGGGCGAAAGCGCGGCAGGCUCUUGGACGGAGUGUCGGCAAGCUGGUGUCUUCUGCAGGUAGCUUGCUUCGUGGGCCGGGCAGCUUGGCCGAGGCGGGUGUGCAAGAUGGCGACACCAUCACCGCGGUCACGCAGAAUGUGGCAUUGCGGGCUACGGAAAGUGCUUUUGCCUGCAUCCGCGCAGAUGGCUCGGUUGUCACCUGGGGAGAUCAAUUUGAAGGUGGCGAUUGCAGCCAUGUACAGGACCAGCUGCAGGAUGUGCAGGCAAUCCAAGCCACCGCAGCCGCAUUUGCGGCCCUCUGUGCCGAUGGAAGAGUCGUCACUUGGGGCAACCCAGAAUUCGGCGGCGACAGCUCCGCGGUGCAGUGGCGCCUCCUUGAGGUGAGCCAAAUUCAAGCGACGAGUGGUGCCUUUGCCGCUCUUCGGCAAGAUGGCACCGUAGAGACCUGGGGGAUGCCUCAUCUUGGUGGCGACUGCGCCCUCGUCUACGGCCAGCUACGAAACGUUCGGCAGAUCCAGGCCAACGAUGCAGCCUUCGCUGCUCUCCGAGCAGACGGCUCCGUAGUCACCUGGGGCUGCCACGAGGAGGGUGGCAACAGCCAGGAG